AUGGGUGGCCAGCUUGGCCAGCAAGCCCGACGCCAGGCCGCACACGAGGUGCUGCACAUCCUUGGAUCCGGGCAGGGAAGGGUAGCGGGCCCGAUGUGCCUGCACAAGUUGCAAGAGGGAGAGGGAGAGCAAGGUGGACGCCAUGCUUGCCAGCUGUGCUUCAAACUGCGUGCGAAGACGGCACAGCAGUUCGGAGCCGCCAGUGGGGGCUGUCAGGUACAAGGUAUCAGCAGCCAUGGCCGAGAUUCUGGACUGGACACCAUCCUUGCUCAAUGA